AUGGACACGCCGCGGAUGCGAAUGAGUCAGCACAUCAUUGACGACUUGAUCUUACCUAUGAUGAUGCAAAUUCAGGCCAUCGCUGAGGCUGAUGGGGUGAUUCUUCAGUCUGAUCUCGUCGAUGCAGUUAUGCACCAAGAUCCGAAUGACACAGCCUUUAAGCCAAGUAUGUGCCAGGAUUAUGAGAAAGGGAACUUGAUGGAGAUUGAAAAUCUUGUUGGGGAGCCGAAGUUCCAUCCUGGAAAUCCAUAUGUUUAA